UAUAUAAACGCUGUAAACGUGAUUUGCUCUCAUUAGAGGACGUAAGAUGGCUAGUGAGGAGGAGAGUUUUGCUGUUUUGGUACACCACAGAGGGUCCAUCAAGAGGAAAACUCGGUCCGGAGUGAAGUUCACAGAUAAGAAUCCUCUCUAUAUUGUGGUGAAUCGAACGACAAGCUAUGAUGACCUGGUUAGAGCUGUGCUGAUGAAACUUGGCCUGGAAGGUGCGAAGCGGAUUAAGAAGUUUUUCUAUCGCAUUCCAGUCACGAUCCUGCACGAUACGGUGAAGUAUGAUUGUCUCACGAUUGGUAGUGAUGAGGACCUCCAAGUCAUGUUUCUUUGUCGGAGGCAGUUUCCGGAGGUCCGCACACCAGAGUUGCUGGCAAAGCUGGUUGAUGUGGUAUCCAGCUCAGGGGGUUCGAACCGGAAUACCGCCAAUGUAGCCACUGCAGCUGGCUCCAGUUCGAUGGCUGCUGUGGCUUCUUCCUCCGUCCCAGUUUACGAGCCAGCGGCCCAACUUGUCGCCUCUCCGUCCUUUGCUGUUGAUUUGAAUGACGGCGUCCGCGACGAGGUAGGAUCCUUUGAUGUUAUGGCAAACGCUUUACAUGGCGUUCCACCGGUUGGCGUCGGAGACGGAGAAUUGGGUGAUCCUGAUGAGGACGACGUUGAGCCCGAAACGAUUGAGGAAGAUAGCGGGGACGAGCUUGUAGCGGCUGGGCCUGCAUUGGCUGGCGGUGGUUCUAGCUCUGGCACACAGCAGUAUCCACCAUAUUUUUCUUCGCUGGACCUGGACGCCAUGACGCAUGAGGGUGCGCUAGGUCACCCUGUUGGAUUCGGAGCUAGAGAUGCGGAAGGGAAUGCUGGUCUCACAGAGUUCCAGGUUGGUCAGCAAUUCCAGGAUAAAGAUGAGGCCCUGUUAAGUGUGAAGACUUACAGCAUCCGGCGAGGGGUACAGUACAAGGUGGUGGAGUCCGAUCACCGCCGGUAUGUGGGCAAGUGUUCCGAGUUCGGGAAUGGGUGCACAUGGUUGAUUCGGCUCAGUCUCCGGAAGCGGAAGGGCAUUUGGGAGGUCAAACGGUACAAUGGCCCUCACACUUGCCUGGCCACAUCCAUAUCAAGUGAUCACAGAAGUUUGGAUCAUUCUGUGAUUUCGGCGUUCAUUAUGCCAAUGGUUAGGGCUGACGCAUCGGUUAGCAUCAAGGUGCUCCUGAACGCCACGGCAGCGCAUUUUGGUUUUAGGCCGACUUACAGGAGGGUUUGGAUGGCGAAGCAGAAGGCCGUUGGUCUCAUCUACGGUGACUGGGAUGAGUCAUACAACGAGCUGCCUAGGUGGGUGUUGGGAGUCCAGCUGACGAUGCCUGGUACUGUUGCAGUCCUAAGGACGAGCCCCGUUCGAGUUGGAGGACAGGUAGACGAGUCUCAAGCAUAUUUUCACAGACUUUUCUGGACUUUUCCACCGUGCAUCGAGGCAUUCCGUCAUUGCAAGCCGCUAGUCAGCAUUGACGGCACACAUCUGUAUGGCAAGUACGGGGGAACGUUGCUCAUCGCGAUUGCACAGGACGGGAACUCCAACAUUCUACCUGUUGCAUUCGCAUUAGUAGAGGGUGAGAAUGCAGAGUCCUGGACAUUCUUUCUCUCCCACCUUCGACAGCACGUGACACCACAGCCGGGUCUGCUGGUUAUAUCGGACAGGCAUAACGGCAUCAAGGCUGCGCUUGAGGCUCCUGACGGAGGUUGGUUACCUCCAUCUGCCUACCGUGCAUUCUGCAUUCGACACGUAGUGGCUAAUUUUGCCCUUACCUUCAAGGGCAAAGACGCACAGAGCCAAAUAAUGAGUAAUUCGAACCAGGUUGGUUCGAAUUACUAUUGGAGCCAAAUAUUGAGUAAUUCGAACCAGGGUGGUUCGAAUUACUUGGUUCGCAUUUACAUCGAUAAUUCGAACAAGGCUGGUUCGAAUUAUGAGCAAGUGAAGUUCGAACCACCUUGGUUCGAAUUAUGUUCAACUCUUUCUUGGUAA